AUGUCGGCACCCACGCCUCCCCGACCGCCAGUCUCUCCAGACUCUGGCCCAACCGACCCUACUCUGCCAAAGCUGCCUGGCGGCUGGAUCGCCCAAUGGGAUAACACGUCUCGAAAGUACUACUACGUGCAAAUCAGCACCGGCGUGUCGCAAUGGGAGCUUCCCACCACCGAGGCCCCCAUGGGCGCCGGCUCGCACAGCGGCACUCCCGCGCAGAACACGAACCCGUACAAGCAGCCGUUGGAAGGAUCCCAAGGCCCGGGAGCUGCUGAGGGGACAAGGGGUGUAGACGGAAAGACUGGCGACCGCGCUGGAGGCCUCGGAGGCUUCGCGAUCAACGCGCUCACCGGCGGCAAGCAGAGCGGACACGGCUCUGGAGGCGGCGGCGGAAACCUCGUCGGCCAGCUCGCAGGAUCACUCCUCGGUGGUGGAAAGCAGUCGCACGGCAGCAGCGGACAGGGAAGUGGAGGCUCGGGAAACCUCGUGGGACAGCUUGCGGGAUCGCUGUUAGGGGGCGGGAAGCAGAGCCAUGGAACCCAGCAGUCUGGUCAUGGCGGGUCGAGUCACGGAUCAGGCGGCCUUGGCGGCAUCAUUGGAGGAGUACUGGGUGGAGGUUCACACAACAAGCCCCAAGAUUACGGUUACAGCCACACCACUUCGCAAGGUGGAACCUACACCGGCACCGCACCUCCAACGUCCUAUCAGCCUUCUGGUUCGCACGGCGCAACUCCAAGCCAGCACUCUCCCCAUCCAGCUGGAGGUUAUGGCCACGACCAGCAGCACCAGCAAGCCGGCUACGGACAACAAGCUGGCUAUAGCCAACCCCAAUCCUACGCCGCACCCGGCGGCCCGAACUACAGCUCCCCGCCGCCCUCGCACUCCCACCAAGCUCCCUACGGCGGAGCCCAGAACUACGACCAACACCAGCACAACCAAUACGGCGGGGCUCCACCGCAGCAGGCCUACAAUGGCAGUCCUGGGUAUGGGCAGCAAGCCGGAUAUGGCGGUCCCGGAUAUCCCUCGUACCAGCCGCCGCAAGGGCAGCAUGCCGGGUACGGCGGGCCUGCGAAUUACGAUGGGCAUAACCCGUACGGUGGACAACCUCAGUAUCCGCCCCCGCCACAGCAUCAGCAGACCUAUGGGGGACAUGGGGGUGCGCCGCAGCCGGGCUGGUAA